AUGCCUAUAAUUGACCUUCCGCUGGAACUACUCCAUUUGAUCGGCAGGAGCCUCGAUCAGAAUGACACACGCAACCUGAUAUCGACCUCACAUCGAAUGCACAGCGUCUUUCAACAGAAACUAUACACGAACGUGACCAUCGGACGAAGAAACGCGAACGCAGCCCAGAGUUUUCUCUACACCGUGGCCCGAAACCCGGAAUUGGCUGGCUAUGUCCAGUCUCUAGCACUUGCGUGCUGGGAAACCUACGACUGGGACACUCACCGAGACUGGGACAUCCCUCGGGACCGUCAAAAGACCACCGAAAGACCCAAUUUUGACGGUGAUCUCAUUCGGAAAUUAGUUGAUGGAGCUACCGAAUACCCCAAAGAAGAGAAAUCAAAAUGGCUACAGGAUCUCGAGGGGUAUUACGACGAUGCUUGGCUAGCAUUGCUCAUUCCCCGAUUGACCGGUCUAAGGAAAAUAAGCCUUGAAUGGCCGUACGGUUCUUACCAUGUCGACAAAAUGCUCGAAAAAGCUGCCAUGAAUGGAGGUACUUGUUUACCUCACCUUGAAAAGGUUAACAUAUGUUGGUGGGAUACGGAAAAUGCCGUCCGCUCAUAUCAGAUGCAUCCGUUCUUCAAAUUUCCAUCUGUGCGCAAAGUCAGUGGGUGGAAAGUCGCGGAAAAUGCCAAGGAGGAGGAGGAGGAGGAGGAGGAGUUGGAGUAUUUUGACCGCGACCCUACUGAGAUUCUCAAGGGUUCUAGCCUCCUACCUCAAUGCUCAAAUGUAACGGAUAUUGAUCUCUCGGAAAGCAAUGCUGGGGAGGGGAUGCAACAAUGGAUCCAGGCCUGCAAAGCGCUAAAGUCCUUCCGAAUCAUUCACGGUGGACCAGUGUUCUCAUACGAUAAUGCACAGCCCCGCAAACUCUACAAUUCCCUCUCACUGCACAAAUCCACACUGGAGGCUAUCUGGUUUGAGCACAACGAUCAGGGGGAGACGGCGAAAAUGACAGUGAUUGGAUGGGGUCGUUUGUCGAUUUUUCUGCCUUGA